UGGCAGCAGAGGAAAGUGCUUGAGCAACUUGUAUUCCACCUCAUUCUCUCCAAAAUCAACACUGAUACAAACUUGGUCAUCGCGAAGAUUCGACUGAGGCUCAAUUCAAUGGCCUUUACAGAUCGAGGUGAAAAUAUCUUCAGUGGAGAUCUGAAGCCAUAUUUCGAGUGUGUGAAGACUUGGGCAGAACUACACGCCAUCUUAGAGGUUCUGAUCGACAGCCUUGAGUCGAUCAGCAAUAACGUGCGAGAAUGGGGUACCAGAGAACAGGAUCGUCGCACUGAAAAGCCACGCUGGUCUAGUAAGGACGAAAGGAAAUACCGCGACGCAGUCAAUCAAAUGUUUUGCGAGUGCCAGAAAGAUGAGCGCGGCUUGUUGGCCAGCAAAUCUGCAGCUUCAUCCCUUCUGAAGGCAUUGAAUUAUCGCAGGGAACAAGCCAAAAACAGUUACGACAGCGAAAUGACUGUACGGGGCUUUAACCAAAAUGACAACAUCAAGUAUUUCACAUAUUCCACGGUGAUCUUUCUGCCGCUGGGAUUUGCAGCCAGUGUUUACAGUAUGCAAGCUGCGCCACCUACAGACGUUCUUCAGCACAUGGUCAUCUGCUCAAUCGUGGCUUUUUUCGUUCUCUUGGUCAUCCUUUUUACUUUCCCU